AUGAAGUUUGUCUUGCAUGAUUGGUCGGAUAGGGAGAACCAAAAGACCUUAACUGAACUAUUAGGUACAUUGAAGCUAGGUUAUUCCAAGUUGAUUAUCGAGGAAUUUGUGCUGGCAGAUCGGGAUGCAGCUAUGCUUCCUGCAAUGUGGGAUUGGGAAAUGAUGAUUUUCUGUAAAAGCUUGUUGGGCUCACAGACUCAAUGGACUCGCCUAUUGGAUGCGGCUGGCUUCCAGGUCAUCAAGUUCUGGGCAUCACCUGGUGAUGGACUGAGUAUCCUUGAAGCUGAACCCGAGGGAUAA